UAUGUACAUGAGCACUGAAAACAUGAGAAUUUGAAACUUUCUUUGAUUUUGCGUUUUCUGUGCAUAGAUUUUAGAAGCUAAUGCCAAUUUAUGACAAACCUACCUCAUUUUUUAAUAAAUGAAUUUAUUCAAAGUUUGUGACAUUUUUAAAGUUCUGCAUAGUCAUUAAAAAUGUCGAAGAAAAGGCCAACUGAAGCUUCUUGGGAAAGUGAUGAAGAUCUCCUAGGUGAUGGAUCAAGUGUCAGUGCUUUCUCAUCUAAAAUGCAAGGAGAUGUAACGAUUGAAGAUAUUGAUGAAGAUGCUCUUCUGAUGGAAGAAGAGGAAAAAAGCAACAAUUUUUCCUUUCAAAGUCAAGAUGAGAUUAUAGAAAGAGUUGACUUAGGUAUAUCCAGUGAAAACUGUGCUUUUGAUGACACUGCCAACAGCCAGGAGCUUGAUUAUAAUGAUGAAGGUGAGGAGGCGCCAGAGUUAGAAGUUUAUGAUGACGAGAUAGAAGACCCUUUGUUUGUUGGUGAACAGCCUAAUGAUACAACAUGUAUAGCUCAACCUUCACAACCUAUAUCAUACACACAAGAGAGCCACGCUGAUGACGAUGAUGAGGAGGAAGAAGAAGAUGAUGAAGGGAAUACGAAAAAAGAUAGAGGACGAUUUCAAACGGAGAGGAAAACUAUAUCACUUGUGUCAACACAUACUAAAUCAUCAGACAUUCCAGAUAGUCUUGAAAUAACAAAAGAAAUGCAAGAAGAAAUAGAUUCCUUUGAGAAACAGAAAGGUAGAGGAAAGUUUCAUAACAAAGGACAACGUGGAGGUUUACGUACAAGGGGACAGCGUCAAAUGGGUAAUCAACAGCAGCAACAUCAACAACAACAACAUCAACAAAGAUUUCAAGCGCCAAUGAAUAGAGGAGGUCCAAGACAAAGGGGUCCAAAUUUUGGCAAUAGAUCUCCAAUGUUUCAAGGUGCUAGAAAUGCAAAUCCCAACAACAUGAGACCUAGAGGACCAAACAACAUGAUGAGGCCACAGGGACCACAGCAAGGUCAAUUUCAACAAGGGCAGUUUCAGCAGGGGCAGUUUCAGCAAAGAUUCAGCUCUCGCCAAUUGGGACCAAGCCCUGGUAUGAAUAAUGGAAGGCCAAGAUUCCCACAUGAAAUGAUGCAGCAGAGAGGCCAUCGAUCCAGCCAAGCUGGGCAUGGUAUUCAAAUGCCACAACCCUUGCUGUCUUCUACACCACAGAAUACCCAAGUUUACCAGGAGUCUCCCCAGUUUAUCCAGCCUGUGGGGGAGCAGACCCAGUUUCAUCAGCCCCAGCAUAACCAGCCUCAGCACAGUCAACCCCAGCCCUUAAUUCCCCUCAGUCAGCCCAGCAGUGGAGCAAAUAUACAUGUAAACCCUAACUUUCAAGGGUCUCUGCCACCAGAUAUCCAUUCUCAACAUAUACCUCAGAGUGCUCCACAGCCAUUGUUUAGUCAACCACAACCAGUACAAAAUUUUCAGACUGGUAACCAGGCAUGGAUGGGUCAGACACAACACUCCAUGCCAGCACAAGUGAACUACACAUCCUCGCCCCACCCAUCACAAGUACAACAACAACAACAUCAGAUGAUGGCUACUGGACAGAGACCAGGAAUACUUGGCUCGCCACCUCAAGGUCUAAUGCAGCAUCGACCACAGCAUCAAGGAAAUGCUCCGCCACAGCCUCAUAAUGUUAACCAAGGACAGCCUAGACAAAUGUUUAACAAUCAACAAUACCAGCCCCGCCCCCAGAAGUCCAACGUCAGACCAGUUACACAACGUCUCGGCCCACAGGAGCCUAAUGUUAGACCAGUUACACAACGCCUUGGACCUCAGCAGUCAAAUGUUAGACCAGUAACUCAACGUCUAGGUCAGGUACCUGGUCUAAAUCAAGGCCCACAGAACCCAACACAACAAACAAGGCAGCCAAGACCUUUUGUAAAUCAAAACCCGAGAGGUCCAAGACCAGCCAAUCAAAAUAGAGCGCAGUUAACACAAAUGAGGCCAAGGGGGCCUUCACCGGGAGCAAGAAACCCGCAGAUGGGACAGCCUCGCUUUCAGGCGCCUCAAGUUCUGUCAUCAGGGCAAGGCCAAGGUUUUAAUCCCAAACCGGUUAAUCUAGUGAGCCCUGUGAAGAAGGAACAAGAGAUUGAUCCAGAAAAAGCCAGAAAGAUACAGGAGCUAGAGGAAAAGAAAAGGCAAAGAGCUGAAAGGUUCAAGGACAAUGUUCCAGUGAACGAAGCAAAUCUCGUCAACAAAAAAGUUAUAAUAUCAAGGGCACAGAAACGACCAUCAGGGGACCCUCCCAAGGAAUCUGAGGAAGUCUCGCCUGCUAAGACGAUUAAAAUAGAAAGAUUAGGAAGUAAUAUAACUGUCAAAGAAGAAAUUAAAACUGAAGCUGAGGAGGAAAUGGAUGCUGAUACGGCAUUGAAAAAAGCAUUGGAGGAACAGAAACGUCGCAGAGACCUUAUACUUAAAGCCAAAGAGGCCAAAAGACUUUUGCUCGCUAGCAAACGAAGACAAAAUCUAGUCGUCAAGCUGGCACAAGAAGGGAAAACUUUAGCAGAUGUGAAAUCACCAGCCAGUGGUAAUGAAUCUUCAGGUGUGAAUCAAAACAAUCCUAGUCAAGUACAGCAUUUUCAAGGUCAUCAAUUGCAAGGUAAAGGUCAACAGUAUAAUCAAGGUCAACAUAUGCAUAUGCAAGGUUAUGAAGGCCAAGGACAUAUGCAUAACCAACAGCAGGGUGUUCAACAGCAACAGUUUAAUACAAAUAUACCUAAAAGAGGUAUGAAUAGAGGUCAUAUAUCAAAUAGAGGUCAUAUGUCAAAUAGAGGUCAAAAUGUGAACAGAGGUCAAGGUAUAAGACCUCAAGGACAACCCAUUAGUGUUUUAGGUCAAAGUCAACCGACAAUGUCUUCUCAUCAAGUUGGCCGAGGUCGUGGAAAUGUCAAAGGUCGUGGUGUGCCAAAACAAAGUAAUAUUGUACAAUUACAACAAGUAGAACUACAUGAGAAUAUUGAUUAUGAAAGUUAUGACAGUCAAUUUGGAACUGAAAGUUCCGGAAACAGGACAGUAUUACCACUAUCAAUGGGAUCCCGUCAAGUGGUGGGGAUGAAUAGUAUGGGGGCAUCGUCACAGGUAACUCCAGAGAGGAAAGUCAUGGAGAAAAAAGAAGUUUUUUCACCACAAAGGAGGAUUGUACUGGAUUCUAAACAGUCAUCUUCAGUAUUAAUUAAAGAUUUACCAGUCAAAGUUGAUCUGGGAAAGAUAAGCAAACGAUGUUCAGAGUAUGGUAAAACUAAGGUGUUCAACUAUAAAGCAGAAGAAAAAAGUAUAGUGGUACAAUUCAGUAGUCCAGCAGAGGCUGCUGCUUUCCUCAACAAAAGUUUCAGGUUUAUGGUUGAUAUGAACUAUUGUAAUGCUGUUGCAAUACCAGAUAAUUACGUUUGAUGAUGACAGUAGAAGGUUUCCAAAUACAGAUAGGAUAUAGGAUAAAGAAGAAGUUAAUUCAUUGUAAAUGAUGAACUGUCAUGUUUGUUAAAUGGAUUAAGAAAUUUGACAGGACAUUUACAGAUGAAAGUGUUGUGGAAAUGCUCAGCAGUUACCAAAUGAAAUGGAUAGCUGCUUCGUUCUUUUGAAGAAUAUUAAAAGUGAUCUUUAUAUGUUAACAAUAUCAGUAAAAAUCAUAUUUAAAGGAAUUGGAGACAAAGGAUAAGAAUUAAAGCAAAAUAUAAUGAAUUGUUAGAAAGUAUGAAUUUGACUAAAAAUGCUUUAUAAUUGUCUGAGUUUUGAAAUAGUUAAGAACUUGAAGAUAUAGUAUAAAUAUUUGAAAAUACUGUAAGAAAAUGUGAUAUUUUAUACAGUAAUGCAAAAAAUAUAAAAAUUACAGAGACCAGACAUACGUAAAACUUUUAGAUACUAGUUUUACUGCAUUCAGCCAGGAAACAUUUGAAACAUGAUAAAAUUGUAGUACAGUGUUCAGUCAGGAAACAGUUUGAAGGCGUAACAAAUUGUGGUACUAUAUUUUGCCAGGAGACAGUUGGAAAAUUUUAGGCAUUGUGGUACUGCAUUCAGUCAGGAAAUAGUUGGAAUGUUUUACAUAUUGUGGUACUGCAUACAGUCAUGAAUUAAUUAGAAAGUUUAACAUAUUUUGAUACUGCAUUCAGCCAGGAAACAUAUGGUACUACAUUAAGCCAGGAAACAGUUGAAAUGUUGAACAUAUUGUGAUAAUGCAUUCAGUCAUGGGACAGUUGAAACAUUUUAUUUAUGCUACUGCAUUCUAACAGGAAACAUUUCCAAGGUUUAACAUAUUGUGGUACUACAUUCAGUCAGGAGUUUAACGUAUUGUGGUACUGCAUUCAGUCAGGAGUUUAACAUAUUGUGGUACUGCAUUUAUUCCGGAGUUUAACAUAUUGUGGUACUGCAUUCAGUCAGGAGUCUAACAUAUUGUGGUACUGCAUUCAGUCAGGAGUCUAACAUAUUGUGGUACUGCAUUCAGUCAGGAGUCUAACAUAUUGUGGUACUGCAUUCAGCCAGGAGUCUAACAUAUUGUGGUACUGCAUUCAGUCAGGAGUCUAACAUAUUGUGGUACUGCAUUCAGUCAGGAGUUUAACAUAUUGUAGU